AUGGGUGUCAGUAAUAAUGAUAUCAAUGACCAGAACAUAUCUAUUGGUCCAAUCAGUAACAACAACAACAUGAACAUUACUCAUCUAAGCUCUGAAGAUUCUAAUGAUUGUCAAAAUGAUCAAAUAAUUUCAAAAUUCAUUAUUGUGUAUUAUCGUGUUCUGUCAAUGUAA